CACGAGACCAAGACCGCCAUAUUGAUUCUGAAAAAUAAAAAACAGGAAGAUGAGUUUCUUUGGGUUUGGUCCCAGUGCAGAGGUGGACAUCGUCCUUGAGGGGCAAGACACAAGAAAGACUGCAGAGAUCAAAACAGAAGAUGGAAAGAAAGAGAGGCAUUAUUUAUACUAUGAUGGUGAAACAGUUUCUGGCAAGGUGAAUGUUCGGUUAAAGAAAGGCAAAAUGGAACAUCAAGGAGUAAAAAUAGAAUUCAUAGGACAAAUAGAAUUAUAUUACGACAGAGGUAACCAUCAUGAAUUCACAUCGCUAGUCAAAGAACUUGCAAGGCCGGGGGAACUAACAGGCAAUGCCAGCUACAGUUUUGAGUUUAUACAAGUUGAAAAACCAUACGAAUCAUAUACAGGCGCUAAUGUCAGACUAAGAUAUUUCCUCCGUGUGACGAUAGUUAAAAGAAUUAGUGACAUUGUGAAAGAUAGUGAUGUCAUAGUCCAUACGCUGGCUCACUACCCAGAUAUGAACAAUAGCAUUAAGAUGGAGGUCGGCAUUGAAGACUGUCUACAUAUAGAAUUUGAAUACAACAAGUCUAAGUAUCAUUUGAAAGAUGUAAUAGUGGGAAAAAUAUACUUUCUGCUUGUGCGAAUCAAGAUAAAACAUAUGGAAAUACAAAUUAUAAAGAGGGAAACUACUGGAUCAGGUCCAAACACCUUCAAUGAAAAUGAAACCAUUGCCAAGUAUGAAAUAAUGGAUGGUGCUCCAGUUCGAGGUGAAUCAAUCCCAAUCAGGCUGUUCCUUAGUGGCUAUGAGCUCACUCCCUCAAUGAGAGAUAUCAACAAGAAGUUUUCAGUGAGAUAUUACCUUAACCUGGUCCUGGUGGAUGAGGAGGAAAGACGUUACUUUAAACAGCAGGAGAUCACAUUAUUCCGUAGAGCAGACAGGAAGAAAGGACACCCAGAUAACACAUCAAAAGUCACUCCAGGGACUCAGAAGCUAGGGGAUAGUACUCAAUAA